AUGAGAAACACAAUUAUCAUUUCCACUUUGUUGUUUUUAUCAACCAAGGUUAAUAGUGUGCCCCUUCCUAACACUUUAGGAAUAACCAAUAGCAAUUCAACCGUCAAUGAAACUACCGCUACCUCUUCCAGUAUUCUCAGCAAGGCCUCUGUCACCACCACACAGCACCGUACUUUGCUCAGUAAUAAUUUAUUAAGGGGAGCAAGGAUUGGAGUAACCGAAAAUGCAUUAAACAAAUUGAAUAACACCACGGUGGACACCUCUAAUAAUUUAAGCCUGAAUUCCAGCUUUCAUUUAUCCGGCAUGGAAACCGAUCUUGGCAACUCAGGCAAUGAAACCCUUAGUGGCGAAGUAACAAGAAUUCAGCAAGAUGAAAAUAAUGCAAGCAGUUCCGAUGAUGAUAGUGAUAAAGAGGAGGAAGAAGGAGAAGAAGAAGAAGGAGAAGAAGAAGAAGAUGGUAAUAUCUCUUUAAUUGAGCUCAUCAAUGAAGACCCAGAAUUACUUUCUAUGGUGUUAGAAGAAGCUGCAGUAUCGUUGACCAUUCUUAGUCAAUACGGUAUCACCCCAUCAAUGAUCGAACAGUACUUAUUUAGCAAUACCACCACUAACAGUACCGAAAUAAUCAACCUUCUUAGCCUGCCAGAUCUUGCCAAUGAAUCAACACUUCUUGGCAAUUCUAGCAUGCUUUCUGGAAAUUCCACUCUCACCUUCGAAGAAGAAGCUUCAUUAUUGUACGAUAACCUUCUUGAAGAAAGUACCCUUGCAUCAAGUUAUAUUGAAGAUUAUUCUGCCACCGCCACCGCGGCCUCAAUGAUCACUGCCACUCUGAAUUAUCAGUCUGUUUUAGAGGAUUUGGCGGUAGAUUACAGUACCGCAGAAACUGGAGGCCUGGACGACUUGACCCAGGCUUCAGUACAUACCCCAGUGUCUGAUACUUCUUCCUUGGCAACAGCAACAGCAACAGCAACCAAAAUAUGGAUCAAACCUGUUAUAAAAGACGCUUAA